AUGGCCACACCACCACACGCUGAUCGACUGCCCAACUUCUUUGCCUCAAACACCCCUCCCCUUCCUAACUGUGGUGAUGUUUUGACCAAGAAGAAGCUCGAUCCGCACCGAUCACGCUGCCACGGCGCAACCUUCACCUGCAUCGAUUGCAUGACCUACUUUUACGGAACAGAUUAUCGUAGCCACACUAGCUGCAUCUCAGAGGAGCAAAAAUACCAAGGUGCUCUGUAUAAGCCCAAACAACCGAAACGCAACCAGCAAAAUAAUCAAUUCGAGAACGAGACGCCUGUGGCGUCCGAACCACCAAAAGAUAUGGCACACGUCGCUUACGUCGAGGACGCGCCCGAGGAGCACGACGACUACGAAGCUUUCAACGACGAUGUGGAUGAUGUCAGACCCAGGAGAGGACCUAUGCCCGAGGCGCCAACGCCCCCGUCAGCCAUGGAUCAACACCCCAACGUUUUCGACUUUCUCGUUGGGAACCCCACGCCCAAGGCAUCGCAUUCGGACCUCAGGGCUGAGGCCAACAUCCAAGAGCCGGCCAGUGAAAGCACACAACUGGUACGAUUUCAGUACGACUCAGUUCCCAACGUCGACGAUAAGGAGAAUGCAAAAGACGGAGAGUUGGUCAAAUUCGGGUCGUUGGAAACCCCGGCCAACAAGGACAAGAAGAAGAGCAGCAAGGACAAGAAGCGCAAGCGCCUGCACGUUGAUACUCGCGAUGCCAUCAUGACAGAUGCCCCACCCGUCCUCCACUCGGGCCUCACUGGUGGCCUUAAAGGUCUGAUGCGCGGACCGUCUGUCUUCCCGCCAUCUCCCGGAGACUCGGCCGACGCUGCCGAGACACCGGCCAGCCCGCUUAAGAAGUCACGUCACUCAAAGCAUGGCAGGAACCGGGUCGAAAGCAUCGGAAACAAUCUGAUAUCGAUGCUGACGAGCAGCAAGCCUGCCAAGACCAAGAAACGUAAACAUGGGUCGCCAUCGGCCAAGAAGUCGUCCAAGCACAAGUCGGAGCACCGCAGAAGCUCAUCCGACGGCGAAAAGCCCAAGAAUCUUAUCGAGUACAGGCCCGGAUCCAAAGACAGUAGCAAGGACGGCGACGGCAAGACCAUGGUUGUCUUCAACAAGUACCAGAGUCCUGCCGACCACCUGCUGAGUCUUGUCAACAAGGGCCCAGACAGCGAGCGUGGACUGAGCAUGAAUAAGACCCUCAAGCGCUACCACCGUGAGCGCAGCGAGUCCGGGUCCAGUCUCGGCAAGCUCAUGGAGGAGAAGGAGCUCUGGCGAUCUCUUCGCCUGCGUAAAAACGAUCGUGGCGAGAUUGUGCUCUUCUGCGUCUAAGUGAUCCGCUCAAAACACAAACAGCCUCAUGAAGCUUAAUUUUCUUCGACCGUCAUUAUAUCAGCACGACAACAAACUUGUAUCAAACACACGGCGUUCAUUGGAGUUUCUACAAAUGGUUAGCAAGUAGUCCCUUGCUCUCCGUCUCUUUUCCUUAAAUUUUUUGUUUGAUUUUUUUGCCACAAAGGGGGGGCUUGGUCGGAUCGGAUUUUUCAAAGAUACCAAUCACUGCAUUCGCAUUUUGAGGGAAGGGGGAGGAAAGGGAACCCUGAAGAUUUCAAAAAGGGUAUAUUGGAACGGAAGUGGUUGCAUAAUUCUGUCGCUGGGAUUUUCUGAAGACAGUCGGACGGGAGGAUUUGGAAUAUAUUUUUUUGCUUCGCUAGGCGUGACUUGGGGUGUUGCUGAUGGCUCAGCAAAACUUUUUUUUUAUCUCCUUUCCGCGCGAGUUCUGUCAGCUGGUCUGUAGCCGAGCUAUAUAGAGCUUUUGCAUGUGUUGAAUGGGGGGAAAAUAUUUAUGGUUUUUGAUCCCGUCGCAGAACUAUUCGGUGUCAAGGCUUAUACCAUGUUGCUCUGUCCAUAUACGCCUUACGGGCUGUCCCGGUCCGCACGGAUGUGUGCUCUUGCAUGGAUGUCGUCUGUAAUCGGUGUUAUAUUUUGCCUGGCGAUCACUACAAAUCCC